CUGCAGCCCGCGGCAGAAGAAGAAUGCAUUGCUGAACCGGAGCAGACAGACAGAACCGGUCGUUGUGUCACAAACAUGGCGGCCUUCAGCAGAUACCUGACAGCCAGGAACUCGUCCAUAGCAGGCGGGCUGCUGCUGGUUCUGUACCUGCUCAGACACAGGAGAAGGGCUCCCAGACAGUCCAGUACAAAGGGAGACUCUGAUCUAUUGCUGAACACUGAGAAAGAUGGCAGGAAAGACCGUGCAGCAGUGGACAGGGUGUUCCUGCUCCGAAUCCUCAGGAUCGUGGGGAUCAUGGUGCCUCGAGUUUUUUGCAUGGAGACAGGGUACCUUAUCUUUAUCGCCGCCAUGUUGGUGGCCAGGACCUACUGUGACGUAUGGAUGAUCCAGAACGGCACCAUGAUUGAAAGCGGUAUUAUAAGCAGAGACAUCAGUCUAUUCAAGAGGCACUUUUAUUCCUACAUAUCAGUCAUACCGGGGAUAGCCUUGGUGAACAACUUCCUGAAGUUGGGCCUAAACGAACUGAAGCUGAGGUUUCGUGAGAGGCUCACAAAGAACUUGUAUGACCAGUACCUGCAAGGUUUCACCUACUACAAAAUGGGAAACCUGGACAACCGGAUAGCUAAUGCAGACCAGCUGCUGACACAGGAUGUGGAGAAAUUCUGUAACAGUGUUGUGGACCUUUACUCCAAUCUCAGCAAGCCUUUGUUGGAUAUUGGUCUGUACAUCUUCAAGCUGACAAGUGCCAUUGGUGCUCAGGGUCCAGCUAUCAUGAUGGCCUACCUGCUGAUCUCAGGUCUUUUUCUGACCCGACUGAGGAGGCCCAUAGGCAAGAUGACAGUCACAGAGCAGCGCUACGAGGGAGAGUACCGCUACGUCAACUCUCGCCUCAUCACCAACAGUGAGGAGAUUGCCUUCUAUAACGGGAACAUGAGGGAAAAACAGACCAUUUACAGCACGUUCAAGAAACUGGUGGACCACUUGCAUAACUUCAUCUUCUUUCGCUUCUCCAUGGGGUUUGUGGACAGUAUCAUUGCCAAGUACUUGGCCACUGUGGUGGGCUACUUGGUGGUUAGCCGGCCAUUCCUAAACCUGUCGCACCCACGACACAUGCACAGCUCACACUCUGAGCUGCUGGAGGACUACUACCAGAGUGGGAGGAUGCUGCUGAGAAUGUCCCAGGCCCUGGGAAGGAUCGUACUGGCUGGCAGAGAAAUGACUCGCCUCUCAGGGUUCACAGCUCGUAUCACUGAACUGAUGAAGGUCCUGAAGGAGCUGAACGCUGGCAGAUAUGAACGCACAAUGGUCUCCCAGCAGGAGAAGGACACUGUGGGGAAACUCCAGCUCGUGCCUGGAAGAGGUCAAAUCACCAACAGAGAUAACAUCAUCAAAUUUGAACAUACUCCACUCGCAACACCUAAUGGAGACAUCUUGAUCAGAGACCUCACAUUUGAGGUGAGGUCUGGCACCAAUGUUCUUGUGUGUGGACCAAAUGGCUGUGGAAAGAGCUCUCUGUUCAGAGCACUUGGAGAGCUCUGGCCUUUGUUUGGAGGACACCUGACAAAACCUGACAGAGGGAAGCUCUUCUACGUUCCCCAGAGACCCUACAUGACUCUAGGUUCUUUGAGGGAUCAAGUCAUUUACCCUGACACCCAUGAAGAACAGAGGAGGAAAGGCAUCUCUGAUCAGGUGUUGAAGGAAUACCUGGACAAUGUUCAGCUGGGUCACAUCCUCGACAGGGAGGGCAGCUGGGACAUAGUCCAGGACUGGAUGGACGUGCUCAGCGGAGGAGAGAAGCAGAGGAUGGCUAUGGCCAGGCUGUUCUACCACAAGCCCCAGUUUGCCAUCCUGGAUGAGUGCACCAGUGCAGUGAGUGUGGAUGUGGAGGACUACAUCUACAGCCACUGCAGGACGGUGGGCAUCACCUUGUUCACAGUGUCCCACCGAAAGUCCCUGUGGAAGCACCACGAGUAUUAUCUCCACAUGGAUGGGAGAGGGAACUACGAGUUCAAGCCCAUCACAGAGGAAACUGUGGAGUUUGGCUCGUAACUGACUGAUGAUGUUCUCCACACAUGCACUGCUCUGAUGAAACCAGUCCAUUAAUUCUUUGCACUCAGACAGAAGUUAUAGCUAGAACUAGAAAAUAAUGUUUUUAAUCAUUUGUAACUCAACCGUGUCUCCUUUUAUGUUUUCUGUUAUUUAAAGCAUCACUUGUCUAAUUAAUUUGUUCUGUGUGAUAAACAUGCCAGUUUCUAGGUUGUUCCCCACAUGUCGGGAAUUUUUGAGUGAAGUUGGGAGCGUCCCAUACUGUGGGAAUCAUCUCUGCACAUGUGGUCAUGGCUCCUAACAGUAACAGGUUAGCCUGUAGAGCUAAGCACCGUGGUCUUUGAGGCAUCAUGUGUUCUACACAGAGUAACACUGAUGUAUGCAUGCACAGUGUAAGGCCUCUUGGCUGCCUUGUAGGUUCUUAAUAAAGUUCAUCUCUCCACAGCUGACAGAAGUUGAGCGCAGCCAAGGCUGAUCAUGAAAUCGUCAAAUAACAAUGAUAAUACUACUGAAAGUCUGUGACAGUUAUUUCCAUGGAGACUGUUCAUUAUCUUCUCAAGCUAUUAUCCUAUGAUUGCAGCAUUGUUAUCUGUUAAUUGUCACGUAGGCCUUCAUGGUUCCUCCUCUGUCAUGUUGCUCAUGUUCAUUCCUGGCUCUCUUUGUUGAGGCCAAAUGUUGAUAAAAGCCGCCUGAAGGCACCAUGAAGUAAGAAAAGCUGAGACGUGGAAAUCAUUCAGUUAGUUCAACCUCUCCCUGGAUCUUUUUCAGAGCACCUCCAGACACAGCUGUUUGACAUGAAGUGCUUUAAAUGGAAGCAAGCCUCUUUAGUACCUCUGCAGUGUUCUGGUGGAAGGUGUGUGCCAGAGUGCUGCACUGUAGCCUUAAUCCAUGUUACCUAUAUCACUGACCCCGUCAGAGGGAACCGGAACUUGUUAGUCCCUCAGGCAUCGAGAGGAGUGUUUGAAAAUAUCAAGUCAACAGCUAAAGCAGUACUGGUGAAAGAACAUUAGAAGUGGCCAAAUGUAACAUCAGCGUGUGAGUUGAGGUUUGUCACAGCAGCAAUGAAGCAGACAUUUUCCAUCAGUUCAUGUUAAUGGAGUCUGUGCGAUCAGGGGAAAUGUAGUUCAAAGUUCAACUGUGACAAACGGUGGCACCAAACCAUUUUGGCAGUGCUGACCUUUGGUGAACCAGCUGACAGAGCAUACAGAAUGUGGGAUGGUAUCAUAUUAAUGUCAUCCAGUUUUAUAUGAUGUUCCUCUACAAAAGAGAUACAGCACGAUCUGCCACCAGUCAAUAAAAAAAGUCCUGUUUUUGUGAGAAUGUUGCAGUACUACUCUGAUGUUGCUCCAAAGUCCUGGACUGACUAAUGAUAAUAAUGUUUUAUAAUAAUAGAUAAACAUAGCCUGAAUACAGAGGGCUGAUGAUCACUUCUAACAGUUGAUAAAUUAGCUUCCAAACAUCAGUUUUUGCCUUGCUGUAUAUUUUAAGUUGGGUAUUUGUUGGGAUCCUCUCACUUUCUUCAUGAAAUAGGUAAAAAGUUUCAGCUCCUUUCACACGGUUGUUUUUCCAAUAUUUACUCAGCUGCCAUUUGGACCAUUCCACAUGGUGCUCGUAAUAAAUAAAGAAUUCUUCCACUUUUUUUCUUCUAAUCUUAUUAUUAACCAUUUCCAUUCAUAAAAUUAUGUAAAAAAUGAAUGUGUUGGCUGGGGGGAUUAAAAAUCUGUAUUGAAUUUUGAAUGAUUGUGUUGAUAACUGAUUUUAUAGGAGCUCUAUGAACAGGGUUCUGGAUCCAAAGUGCAAUGAUGCUUUCUGUCAGUUGAUCACUGGUACAUGAAUCCCUUGUCAUUACUCAACAGCUCUGUUGUGUCAGUCUAAUACACUAAGUUUAUUUUGAAAUGUAAAGAUGGUUUUCGAUGUCUAAUUCUAAUGUUCUAAACUAAUGUUCUCUGCAUUAAAAAAUUAAACUGCAGGAGUCAAUCGUUUCAUAAA